AUGUCGGACGCACGCCUCCGCCGAGUGAGCAAGGAGAUCGCAGACUGCAAGAAUGACAAGUCGUCGCGGGUCACCAUUGAGCUCGUCGACAACAGCCCCUUCCAUCUCAUCGGGUCGUUCGACGGUCCCGAGGGCACUCCUUACGAGGGCGGCCGCUUCCAGGUUGACAUCGUCAUCCCCGACAACUACCCCUUCCAGCCAGUGAAGAUGAAGUUCAUCACCAAGGUCUACCACCCGAACGUCUCCUCCGCCUCGGGCGCGAUCUGCCUCGACAUCCUCAAGGACGCCUGGUCGCCCGUGCUCACCCUCAAGUCGACCCUUAUCUCCCUCCAGUCUCUUCUCUGCUCCCCGGAGCCCCGCGACCCGCAGGAUGCAGAGGUGGCGAAGCACUACAUGACAAGCAAGAGCUCGUUCGAAGAGACGGCCCGGUACUGGACACACAUCUACGCAGGGGGGCCGGCGAAGGACGCAGGAAAGGCUGCACCGAAGGGCGGGGUCCGCGACGAGAUCGCGAUGGCGGGGCUGGACCGAGCACACGUCGACCAAUUUGAGGGACUUGGGUUCGAGCGGGGGAAGGUGGUGCGUCUUGCAUUCCUCUGCGUUUACCCCCGCGCGUUGUGCUAA